AUGUCAUCCUUUUUUGUUUUAGUUUCAGAGAUUUUCAUCGCUACGGCCUCCAUAGGGACUGUGUUGGUGGUGGCCGGCGUGAUUCUCGUCAUCUGCUUCCUGAACAGACGCCAGAACCAGAAACGAGGCUAUCGUCGGCAAUCGCUAUGGUCAGAGCUUGUUCCGGAAAAAGAGACGAGACCGGUGAUCAGCUCGAAGACCUCCGCCGGACCCGGGGGCUUGAAGAAUUCGCCAAGUCCGAUUCUGUCGCCCGAGAAUCCCGAGCAGGAGUUGCAAAAGCAAAAGCGCAACGUUAAUGACGUUGCCAGUGACAUCCGCAAAAUGGCCAGAACAACGAACAUCAACAAAUCAGUGACGUCGAUGGAGGUGCAGCCUAAGAGUACCAAUCAGGUAACGUUGCAGAAGCAGAUCGUCGACAAGGCCGUCGUCCCGGGGCUGGCCGCCAUCUCAUCCACGAACGAAGUCGGUGACGAAAACGGCAACAGCGUGAAUCAGGCCAUCUUGCACUUCAGCUUGAGCUACAACUUCGAAAGGAACGCUCUGACCGUCAACAUACUUCGCUGUACGAAUCUGCCAAACAAGAACGUCAAUCAUCCAGAAAGCAAGAAGCUCAUUGAUCCGUACAUCAAGCUGCAGUUGUUGCCAGAGAAGCAGCACAAGAUCCAGACAAGGGUGGUCAGAAACACACUAAACCCGGUGUAUGACGAGGAGUUCAUUUUCUACGGCAUGAAUUACAACCAGAUCCAGAACACGACUCUCCACUUCGUGAUCGUCUCGUUCGAUCGCUACCUGAGGGACGAGAUCAUCGGCGAG